UGUCUGGUGAAAAGGGUAUCCGUGGGAAUGGCUCAUCGUCUUCUUCUGAUCUGUUUGCUCAUGAUUUACAAGGUUUCUAGUAAAGAUUAUUGGAAUGUGAAUUACAGUCUUUCACACAUGUGUGCACUCAAGAACUCAUCUGUGAUAAUAAACUGUAAUUAUACAUACCCUGAUGGACACCAAAUCAUGAAAGUGUUCUGGACCAAAGGACCAGUACGGGAUGUAGAACCUCCAGAUCUGUCUGAGGACCCUGAAUACAGUCAGAGGCUUCAGUAUCUGGGAGAUAAACAGAAGAACUGCACCAUGAGACUGAGUCAUGUGACAAAGAAAGAUGAACACAAGUACUAUUUCAGAUUCAUCACUGAUAAACCUGGUGGAAAAUACACUGGUCGUUCAGGAGUGACUCUUACUGUGACAGAUCUUCAGGUGGAGUCUCCUGAGAGAGUGACAGAGGGAGAUUCAGUCCGUCUGACAUGUAAAAGCAGCUGCGCUCUGACUGACAGAGCAACAUUCAUCUGGUACAGAAACUCACAGCCAUUAACUGAGAGAAGAGACAGAAACAAUAUACUCCUGCUGCAGUCAGUCAGAAGAGAGGAUGCAGGCAGAUGUAGCUGUGCAACACACUUACAUCUCUCCUGA